UGUGAGUUUGUGUGACUGAGCUGCUUCGUUGUUUUUAACCAUUUUAAUUCAUUUUUGGUUUGAUGUAUCGAAUUUGUACUCCCUAUCACUGAUUGGUUUCUUGUUCAGAUUCAUUGAUUGGAUCAGAAUCAUGAAUUUUCCCGCUGAGUAUGAUUGGGUGUUUUGGAUCAUUCUUUUGAGACUCCCCUGUUUUCACUAUUUGCUCUGCUUCUCCCGUGUGAUGAUGGAAAAUCUAGCGUCGGAUUGAUUAAAGAUCUGAUUUUUUUUUUGUUUGUUUCACUCUUCUGGGUUUGGAUGCAACUGCUGUUUAUUCUAAAGAUUGAUACUUUAUCAGUGAUUUUAGAUUUUUCCUCUGUUUCUAACUGUCUGAAUGUGAUCAACAUUUAUUUCUAUGUAAUGGAUGUAUGAUUAUACCAUAACUUCUAUUUGUUUGUUUGUUUACUUGAAAGGUUCAUAACUUGAUUUGAGAAGAAAAGCAAGAGAUGGGGUCUCGGAUGAACUUUGUUGAUGUUGUGAGAGAUGAGGUUAUCAACGCAAAGCAGCCAGCUUUGGGGAGUGGUCUUCCUUUGACGAGGCAGAACUCGGUGUUCUCGUUAACCUUUGAUGAGUUUCAGAACUCAUGGGGUGGUGGGAUUGGGAAGGAUUUUGGGUCCAUGAACAUGGACGAGCUCUUGAAGAACAUAUGGACUGCUGAGGAAAGCCACUCAAUGAUGGCCAACAACACUGUUAUGAACAGCGGUGGAGGUUUGUCUGUUGGUGUGGGAGGAGAAGUUGGUGGUUGUGGUUUGCAGAGACAAGGGUCAAUUGCCUUGCCUCGUACGAUUAGUCAGAAAAGGGUUGAUGAUGUCUGGAAGGAGCUGCUGAAGGAGGAGGAUGACACUGGAGCAAGUGGAGUUCCUCAGAGGCAGCAAACGUUGGGAGAGAUGACUUUGGAGGAGUUCUUGCUCAAGGCGGGUGUGGUUAGGGAAGAGCCUCAACAACAUGUGGAGAGGCUUGAUAACUUCAAUGGUGGGUUCUAUGGAUUUGGCAGUAAUGCAGGUCUAGGUUCAGCUCCUAAUGAGUUUGGUCCUAACCAGCCUUAUGGAGUCACAGUGAGACCGGAUAUGCUGAAAAUUCAAACUCAGCCUCUGCAGAUGCAGCAGCGGCAGCAACUGAUACCCAAGCAGGUUGAACCUUUUCCCAAACAGACGACUGUGGCCUUUUCUAACACUGUUGGUUUGGACAACCGUUCUCAACCUCCAACACAGAACCAGGAAGUGAAGCCUUCAAUCCUUGGAGUUCGGCCUAUGAACAACAAUAAUCUUCAAGCUGUUGAUUUUAAAACAGGAGUUACGGUUGGGGAAGUAUCUCCUGGAAGCCAGAUGUCACCUGAUCUGACUCCAAAGAGCAACAUGGAUGCAUCUCUCUCACCACCUGUUCCUUACAUGUUUGGUCGAGCAAGAAAAACAGGCGCAGUCCUGGAGAAAGUGAUUGAGAGGAGGCAAAAAAGGAUGAUUAAGAAUAGGGAGUCAGCUGCAAGAUCCCGCGCUCGCAAGCAAGCUUAUACGUUGGAGUUGGAGGCAAAAGUUGCACAACUUAAAGAGAUGAAUGAAGAGUUGCAUAGGAAACAAGUUGAAAUCAUUGAAAAGCAGAAAAAACAGCUUCUGGAGCCAAUGCACCAGCCAUGGGGAUGCAAAAGGCAAUGCUUGCGAAGGACAUCGACAGGUCCUUGGUAGAGAGGUUAUGAAGGCGCGCCCAAGGAAACUCAACAAAGAGCAGAAGUUAUAGAACAACACAGAAUGUAGAAGCUAAGCUUUGUAUGUAACUUAGGCCUAUGUGACAGAGACAGAUGAAUAACACUCUUUUGUUCACUUUUCUUGUAGCAUUUUUUGUUUUUUUUGUUUUCCUGAUGUAAUGGAUCUUGAUGUUGCUUUAUUGGACGUGUCAAUGUCUUGAACACUUUUGUGGCUUAACUAGAGUGGAUUUAUCUUGUAACAUA